CGGGAUAAAAAUCCUGUGACAGCAACGAGUGGACCUGUCUUCCUCUCUGGAGUGGGGAGUUCUCAAUUUAACAUCCUCUGCAUCCGUUUUUUAAAAUUGUUUAAUUAACUAAUUUGUAUUCUUUUAACUCAGGUAUAUUAUAGGCCUAAUAAAGCAUGGCUGCCUACAAAUUAGUGUUGAUUCGCCACGGAGAGAGCAACUGGAACCAGGAGAAUCGCUUCUGCGGAUGGUUUGAUGCAGAUUUGAGCGAAACCGGGGAAAAGGAGGCGAAGAGAGGUGGACAGGCCCUGAAAGAUGCCGGCUUUGAGUUUGACAUUUGCUACACCUCCGUGCUGAAGCGGGCCACCAGGACACUGUGGCUGGUCCUGGACAGCAUUGACCAGAUGUGGGUGCCAGUGCAUCGGACCUGGCGGCUCAAUGAGCGCCACUACGGAGGCCUGACAGGGCUAAACAAGGCAGAGACGGCUGCCAAGCACGGAGAGGCUCAGGUGAAGAUCUGGAGGCGCUCUUUUGACAUCCCUCCUCCCCCCAUGGGCCCAGACCAUGACUACUACACUAUCAUCAGCAAGGAUCGUCGCUAUGCAGACCUGACUGACGACCAGCUUCCUUCCUGCGAGAGCCUUAAGGACACCAUCGCACGGGCGCUGCCCUUCUGGAACGAGCAGAUCGCCCCUCAGAUCAAACAGGGGAAGAGGGUGCUCAUCGCCGCCCAUGGAAACAGUCUGAGGGGAAUUGUUAAGCACCUGGAAGGAAUGUCAGAUGAAGCCAUCAUGGAACUGAACCUGCCAACAGGCAUCCCCAUCCUCUAUGAGCUCGACAAGAACCUGAAGCCCUUGAAGCCAAUGCAGUUCCUGGGAGAUGAGGAGACUGUACGCAAAGCCAUGGAGGCCGUGGCUGCUCAAGGAAAGGCCAAGAAGUAGAGAAGAAGAACAGAAAAGCCCUUUCUGUGUAUGACAGCGUAGGUUGUCCCUAACAACUGGCCUCAGAUUAAUGUUUUUUCCUAAAUCCUAAUUUAUUUUGGAUUGUAAUACAUCUCACUCUACUUGCACAGUGCAGGGAGGACCAGGGGAGACACAGCUCUCAAGAGAUUGUAAAUAUUUUUUGCUUAAAUGGUCCAUUAAUAUUACAACCUUUUAAGAAGAUAGCAUUGAACUGAAUAAAAGCAUUGCUGAUAAUAGCCCUUUCCAUAAUUAAAACAUUGCCACUUUAAACAGAAAAUAUAGUAUUUAUGUAUUUUAAGAAAGAUAAAGUCUUUAGCUUUGGUGUUCUAGGCUGGGAUGUUGAAUGUCAGGGUAAAUGGUAAUCAAGCCUAAGGAAGUUAAACCUGUUUGUCUGAUCAUACUGACUUCAUCAUUACCUGCCCUAUGCACCAUUAUUAUUAAUUGGAUGACUUAGGAUAGUGGGAUAUUGUAGACUAUUAUAAUUAAAUUUAAAAAAAGACUUUAAUUAAUUUCAUUUACACUCAAUGGCCUUUUUUUUUAACAUGAAAGGGGCCACUGCAACGGGUGACAACUUACUUUCUAUCUCACUUUUUAAAGCAUUUCAUUGAUGCAUUCCACUGAUGUCAUUUUGCAAUCUCUUGAGAGCAGCGUGAGACAGUUAGGACAGCUAAACAGUCCUUUUCUCUUACUUUCUCUGUCUAUGAAGUGGUGAAGUGUCCUUAUGUAUGUUGUUGCUGUCUGUAUUGUGUCUGACAAUUUGUAUUUUUCUCUUCAUCAAGUUUAUUCCAAUUGUAACAGUGCCAAACACUGCAUUGCUAUCAGUAUUGCACUGUAUAAGUGAUAAAUCCAUUAUUUGGAUUAAGUCCCCCAUUUUCACAGUACUGUUGUGAAGCAUGAUUAACCGAAAAUAAAAGGUCUAAAUUUAA